AUGGCUAACGAUCCCAUGGUUGCUCGACUAAAACCUGAUCAGGUUCAAGAAAUUACGACGGCUUUUAUGGAAUUUGAUGUUAAUCGUAAUGGUGUUAUAACAGGAGCAGAAAUGAAAGAAUGUCUUCGUAAAUCAAAUAUUCAAUUUCAAGAUGCUGAAGUCGAUCGUGUUAUUUCAAAUAUGGAUAGCAAUCGAGAUGGUACAGUGUCAUAUGAUGAAUAUAUGAAAUUUAUGGCUCGUGUUUACCUUGGAGAACACAGUCAAUUUCAAGUAGGACAACCUUCAGGAUCUGUUCCACCUUAUAAUCAAAAUCAACCACCAUAUCGUCAAUAA